UGUGUGUAUGGGGGGGUUUGGCCAAGUUGAACAUUGCAAAAACUGCAUAAAACACCACUUUGCAUGGAGAUACUGAACCUAAAGGCACACACGCCUUGUCGUCAAAACCCUUAUGCCAAUAAAGGAGACAUUCUAGCACGGGCCAGAGAAAAAACAGAGAGCAAAUAUGAGCUUUUGCAGCACAAUUCAACACGUGGCAGCGGGAGGGUGACGUUAUAGACGCAAUUUUAAACCCCCCAAAAUACUCAUCUGUGACUGUCUUCAGCGCGGCGGGUCAAACCCCCAGCUAGACACCUCCCCAUAGCAAUUUUACAAACGACAACCCCUAAACUCCCGAGCAAGAGAGAGGAGGCUGUAUGAAUGUGAGAAUCUGCACGUAGCAUCCAGACUCGGGCUCUCACAAAAGCCAGCCCCUGACCAGCAGAUGGCCAAAAGUGCACCGAAACAUCACGGAUAGGGGACGAGGAGGCACCACCGACCGGGGCUGUUCAUCUUAUCACCGUUGACUGCACCGAGAGCAGAGGAUCAGAUACGGGGUCAGUUCUCUACGACAGGAUGCUCUCGUUAAGGAUGGAGCUGCCAUGUUGGUGCUUAUUGUUGCUGAGCUGCCUGAAGUCUGUCUCAGCCGCCAAUGACUUCUACACAUCUAUAGGCCAGAUGACUGACCUGUUAUACACAGAAAAAGACCUUGUCACCUCACUAAAGGACUACAUCAGAGCAGAGGAGAACAAGCUGGAGCGUGUCAAACAGUGGGCUGAUAAGUUGGAUUCAUUGUCAGCCACAGCCACACAGGACCCCGAGGGCUUCCUGGGGCACCCUGUCAAUGCCUUCAAACUGAUGAAGAGGCUGAACACAGAGUGGAGGGACCUGGAGAGCCUUGUACUCAGUGACACCACUGAUGGAUUUAUUUCCAACCUGACCAUCCAGAGGCAGUACUUUCCCACAGAUGAGGACCAGACGGGGGCUGCUAAAGCUCUCCUCAGGUUACAAGACACUUACAAACUGGAUGCCCACACCAUCUCUACAGGAGACCUACCAGGGGUGAAACACAAGAGUCCAAUGACAGUGGAGGACUGUUACGAGCUGGCGAAAAUUGCCUACACUGAUGUUGAUUACUACCACACUGAGCUGUGGAUGGCCCAGGCCCUGAAACAGCUUGAAGAGGGAGAGGAGUCCACUUUAGAUAAGGUGACAGUGCUCGACUACCUCAGCUACUCCAUAUACCAACAGGGGGAUAUAGAGCGAGCCCUGAAGUACACCAAGGACCUCCUAUUACUGGACCCAGAGCACCAGCGCGCCAAGGGCAACCUGAAGUACUUUGAGUUCCAGUUGGAGAAGCAGAAAAAGGCUGCAGCGGAUGAACCUCCAAAAAAGGAGGAGCGAGAGAAAAGAGAUGUUACUGAGAAGAAGAAAAAGCCCAAAAAGAAGCCCACCUUUCAGCUGAUCCCUGAGAGGAAGAAGUAUGAGAUGCUUUGCCGAGGGGAGGGCAUCAGAAUGACCCCCCGCAGGGAGAGCCGGCUGUUCUGUCGUUACUAUGACAACCACCGCAACCCGCAAUUUGUGCUGUCACCCGCCAAACAGCAGGAUGAGUGGGACCGCCCGUACAUUGUCCGCUACCUUGACGUCAUCUCUGACAAAGAAAUCGAGAAGGUCAAGCAACUGGCAAAGCCACGGUUAAGGCGAGCCACGGUGCAUGACCCUGAAACUGGGAAACUUACCACGGCCCAUUACAGAGUCUCCAAGAGCGCUUGGCUCACUGGCUAUGAGGAUCCAAUGAUUGAUACGAUCAACCAGAGAAUUGAAGAUCUCACAGGGCUGGAAAUGGACACUGCAGAAGAGCUGCAGGUUGCAAAUUAUGGCGUCGGAGGUCAAUAUGAACCUCACUUUGACUUUGGAAGGAAAGAUGAGCCAGAUGCCUUUAAAGAGCUGGGAACUGGAAACCGCAUAGCAACAUGGCUCUUCUAUAUGAGUGAUGUCGCAGCUGGUGGAGCCACAGUAUUCCCAGACGUCGGUGCAGCAGUUUGGCCCCAAAAGGGUACUGCAGUGUUCUGGUACAAUCUGUUUGCCAGCGGGGAGGGAGACUACAGCACCCGACACGCAGCUUGUCCAGUGUUGGUCGGCAACAAGUGGGUAUCAAACAAAUGGAUCCAUGAACGAGGCCAGGAGUGGCGGCGACCAUGUGGCCUAAAUGAAACUGAAUGAUGGAAAAAGGAAAAUCUCUCUGCACUCACCCCUCCUUCCUUGUGAACCACCAGGACCAAAGAACACUGCUGCAGAUGAUACAUGGAUGAUACAACACCCCCCUUUUUUCCCCUCCCAGCUGUUCUGCUCUGAGCACAGAAAUUGUUUGGGUUAAUGUCAAGCCUCUUUGGACAGUAUUAAUGUCGCUGGGACAGAAAACAUGUUCUUCAGGUUGUCGGAUCAUUUGGAGAAACACUCCCAUGUGUCCUUCAUUGAACUCUGUGUGAACUCUGCUCUGUGGUGAGGUUAUCUUUCAGGAGGAACCAACUUCCUCUCAGUCUCUUUGGACCUUCAAGUCACAGUUCACCUUUUUAAUUAAUCAUAUUGCUUUCACUUCUUUGACAGAGCACUUCAGACUGUGGUUUUUGAGAAUUUACUUUCCUUAACAUUUUAAACAACAGGGUUGCAAAAUGGCUUAUUAUUCAUUGUGACUUUUUCAUAUGAGGCACAUAAAAUUUCUCUAUUUGCUUAAUUUACAUAUGGUAGGAAUGACUCAGCACAUAAAAAUGGCCUGAGCUUUCCCCCCAAAAAAGGAAAAUCAGACCACAGUCCAGGGUAGUGAUUUUGGGUGAAAAAUAACACACUUUAUUCCCUGUAAGUUGUGCAACUCAUCAGAACUGAUGCUUGGCUAAGGUCUAGAUAGAUGCCGCACAUUUUCUACAUAUCACAGUGCCUCAAAGUGUCUUUUUUAAACUCAUUCAAAAGGUCACACUAUGUUUUUGUUGUACUUGAGCAUUAGAUGUGACUCCUGGACACAGUUCUAUGCAACCUGACUCUACAUAAAAUUUACUGUUACUCAUGUUUAACUCAUUCAUAACAGUGUUGUGAAGGACUGAAAUGACCACGAGCUGACAGAACAACAGAGGAGCAAAAGAAUAUGAACAUUUGGAAAUGGAAGCGUGGAUAACACUACAUUGUGCCAUGACAGGUUUAAAUGCCCAGUGUUUUUUUGUUUUGUUUUGUUUUUUGUUUUUCGAGUGAAUGAAUGUGGUGGGUUUGUAACAUUGUCAGUGGUAACCUGUGCUUUUCAGAGUAAGAAUAAAUAGGUUUUCCAAGGAAGAAAUAUUUUAUUUAUAUGUCCCAAGCCAGUUUUGUGUUGUUUUAUUUUGUCUCAAAUAAAAGUCUGAGCUUGUUUUUUUUUUUCUACAAUAAAGACUAUUUUCUUGAUCUCAAGUUAAUAAA